AUGCUAGAGAACCUGACAUAAAUGAUUUUAUUAUUAUCAAUAGUCCACUAAAUAAUUCUACUAAAGUUUCAUUCAUAAAACCUAAUCGUACGAAACAUUUAGCGACUUUUAGAGCCUAUUUUCACUCAAUCUUCUGAUUAAGAAUUCUCAGUUAUUCCAAAAUAUGGAGAAUUCUAACCAAAUAGAAGAGAAGGUACUGCAUAUUACAUUGGCAAAUCUUGA